UAAGAUUUAAUAUUAAAUCGUUAAUACAUCGUUACUUUGAGUAAGAAGAAAGUCAUUGGAAAUUAACUAGCCCUUUAAAUUUUUGGAAUUGUGAAAUUGCAGUUAUAGAUUAUUGAUUGUUUAAUUUAUAUUUAUUGUAUUUAAACUCUUAAAUCAACGUAAGUGAUCAUAUAAUGAGUACCGGUUCCUUAGUGGACAAGAUUCAGCAUCAAAGGGCUGAUGGGCCUUCUGAUCUUGAUCACUGGAAUGCAAAUAAAAUUGGUCAUGGUGCAAGAAGUCCCAAUCAUUUAGCUGUCCCCAGUGCUGUCGAUCCUUGGUCAAUUGUGGAGGUUACGUCCAGUGAAUUGAAAAAUGAGCCAGCUCAGAAUCGUUUAGGCCAAGUAACGACCACAGAUCAUCAUGCUAUCAGUGCCAGUGGAAGUGGAGGCCAACACCAACAGAAUCGGGAUAAAAGUCCAAUCAUUGGUAAAUUGGACAAUUUUGAAAUAAUUGAGAAGAUUGGAAGGGGACAAUUUUCCAUUGUCAUGAAAGGAGUCUGUAAACAAACAAAUCAACUGGUUGCUCUUAAAAAGAUUUCCAUUUUUGAUAUGAUGGACUCUAAAUCACGACUCGAUUGUAUUAAAGAAAUCAACCUUCUACAGCAUCUUGAUCAUCCCAACAUAAUCAAAUAUUUGGCAUCAUUCGUUGAAAACAAUGAGCUUUACAUUGUCCUUGAGUUAGCUGAUGCUGGUGAUCUUUCCAGAUUGAUAAAAUAUUUCAAACGAGAAGGUAAAUACAUACCCGAGAAAACAAUAUGGAAUUAUUUCGUUCAAAUUUGUGGAGCUUUGGAUCAUAUGCACUCUAAAAGAGUGAUGCAUCGAGACAUUAAACCAGCCAACGUUUUCAUUACAUCUCAAGGAGUAAUCAAAUUGGGGGAUCUCGGUUUGAGUAGAUUUUUUUCAACACGCACAAAUGAUGUCCAUUCUCUAGUUGGAACACCUUAUUAUAUGUCUCCUGAACGAAUUCACGAGGCAGGUUAUAAUUUUAAAUCUGAUAUCUGGUCAUUAGGAUGUCUUCUAUACGAAAUGGCUGCACUUCAAUCACCAUUUUACGGGGAAAAACGGAACCUUGUUUCUUUGUGCAAAAAAAUUGAAAACUGUGAUUACCCUCCUUUACCCAGUAACCUUUACUCUAAAGAUUUAAGAUGCUUAAUCGCUGCUUGUCUUAAUCCUGAUCCUGCUAAAAGACCAGAGAUUCACGAGAUUUAUAAGAUUGCCCGAAAUAAGACGACAUUAUCAAACAAACCAUUCAAACGACUUUGUAACCUGUUUUCUAAGUAACCAGUAUCAUAGAUGCCUUUUAAUCCAAUUCAACUUUUACCUCAUAAAUUUAUAUCCAUUGAUUCAUCCAGCCAAACCUCAAAGAAAUUAUGCUGACAAACUAGUCAUAUAAUAUACAUUUAUAUAUAAACAUAUUUUCGUUAAUUC